CCGGGGGCCGGGCUCCGGGUUGGGCCUUCUUAUAGCCGGACUGGCUGCUCGGCCUGGCGAGGGCCAUGGCGCUGCGGGGCGUCUGCGUGCUGGAGCUGGCCGGCCUGGCGCCGGCUCCGUUCUGCGGGAUGAUUCUGGCGGACUUCGGCGCGCAGGUAGUGCGCGUGGACCGGCCCGGCUCCCGCGGCGACGUGAGCUGCCUGUCCCGGGGCAAGCGCUCGCUGGUGCUGGACCUGCGGCGGCCGCAGGGGGUGUCCGUGCUGCGGCGCCUGUGCGCGCGGGCGGACGUGCUGCUGGAGCCUUUCCGCUGCGGUGUCAUGGAGAAACUGCACCUGGGCCCUGAGAUUCUGCAGCGGGAGAAUCCCAGGCUGAUCUACGCCAGGCUGAGUGGCUUUGGCCAGUCGGGACGGUUCUCCAGGGUAGCUGGCCACGAUAUCAACUACUUGGCUUUGUCAGGUAUUCUGUCCAAACUUGGCAACAGCGAUAAGAACCCAUAUGCCCCUCUGAAUCUUCUGGCUGACUUUGGCGGCGGCGGCCUCCUGUGUGCACUGGGCAUCGUGAUGGCCCUUUUUGAACGCACACACUCCGGCAAAGGUCAAAUCAUCGAUGCAAACAUGGUAGAAGGAACAGCAUAUCUAAGUUCCUUUGUUUGGAAAACUCAGAAAUCGGGACUGUGGGAGCAACCUCGAGGACAGAACCUGUUAGAUGGUGGAGCUCCUUUCUACACAACCUACAGAACAGCGGAUGGGGAGUUCAUGGCUGUUGGAGCAAUAGAACCCCAGUUCUACCAGCUGCUGAUUGAAGGACUUGGACUGAAGUCUGAUGAACUCCCUAAUCAGAUGAGCAUGGCUGAUUGGCCAGAAAUGAAGAAGAAAUUUGCAGACGUAUUUGCAAAGAAGACAAAGGCAGAGUGGUGUAAGAUCUUUGAUGGCACAGAUGCUUGCGUGACCCCAGUGCUGACCUUUGAGGAGGCUGUUGCUCACGAACAUAACAGGGAACGGGGCUCAUUCAUCAGGGAUGAGGGGCAGAAUGUGAGUCCUCGCCCUGCACCGCUGCUGUCCAACACCCCAGCCCUCCCUUCUGCUAAAAGAGAUGCUUUUGUGGGAGAACACACUGAAGAAAUCCUUAAAGAAUUUGGAUUCAACCACAAAGAGAUCAAUCAGCUUAAGUUAGAUAAAAUCAUUAGAAGUCAUGAGCCCACAGCUAAUCUUUAACUUUAGGGCCCAUGGCUCAGGUGGAUUUGGAUUGUGAAUUUAUAGUAUAAACUCAGUAACUGUGAAAUGUGUGCAUGGAAACAUGGAAGAACAGGAAUGCAGUGAUCCAGUUAUUCUAAUCCAGAAACAAAGAGUGAUUACACAAUCAUGAUGGAGUUCUCAAGGUGGUCAUCAGGAAAAUGUGUGAUUUAACAGCUUUUUAUGUACUUGUAAUGAAUUUUGACAGCUUUUAUGCCUUCCAAGUUAAUUAAUAGUAUAUUUUGGUGAUGUUAAAAUACUACUAUACCUAUAAUAUAUUUUAAAUGAAUAAAUAAUUUUUUAAAUGAA